AUGGCAGAAAUGCAAAUAGAAUUUGACGAGGAAACUGUUGGCACCGAAGUGAGAGGACCACGACCAGGGGUAAUAAUCUCUGAUAAUUCUUAUAAUGAUAUUAGCAGGAGAGUAAUUGCCUUACCUUGCUCGAAAACUUUGGACCCUCUUUAUUCUUUUGAGUUAUUUGUUCCGCAGUUGGCUAAUAAUAUCAAUGGGAAAGUCAUGAUUGACCAAAUUCAGUGUAUCGAUAAAGAAAGAAUUAAAGGAGGAGUGGGAAAAUCAACUUUAAGCCAAGCCUUAGCCAGCGAGGCCAGUCAGCAAAAAAUAAAAACCUUACUAGCGGAUUAUGACCCUCAACAAAAAACUAAAAUAAUUAAGCAAGAAAAAGACUUUGACUUAACGAUUAUUGAUGGACCCGCCCGCACUAGCCAAGGAACCUUGGAAAUCGCCAAGCAGGCCAAUUUAGUAAUUCAACCCACGGGGGCAAGUUUAGCCGACUUAAAGCCUUCGGUUAAUGAAUUUCAUGCGUUAGUAAAAGCCGGUAUUCCUAAAAAAAAAUUAGUAUUCGUGCUUAACCAUUUAGCCACUAAAAGCGAGGAGGAAGCCGCCCGAAAAUAUUUAACUAUGGCGGGUUAUUCAGUGCUUAAUCAUUCCUUAAAAGAAAAAGCCUCUUAUCGCUUAAUUCAAAAUGAGGGAAAAAGCAUUAGUGAGGUUAUUUACAAGGGUUUACAAAAAGAAGCCAAAGAAUUAGUAAAAGAAAUCAUAAAAACUCCGCCUUCUCUUUUCGAAACUACUUCUCAUUUACAAUUGCCAGAAGUAAUUGGCGAAAAAGUAGAUAAAAGAACUUUGCGAAGGACUGGACGAACCGAGCAAUUUGCUACUAGGGUAAGUAAAGAGUGGUUGGAAAAAGUAAAAGGGAUAGCCGAAAAGGAAAAUUUGAAGUUGGUGGAAGUGUUGGAGAGAAUGUUAGAAAGAUAUUCAAUUAGUUCCCAGAAACUUUUAAAAGUGCUUGGGGAAAGAAUAGCCAAUAAAGAAAUCAAAAGUGAUGGUAAUCGUGAUUAUCUUUAUGUCGUUGACAGGAAUUUUAAUAAAAUAAUCGCCGUAGACAUAGACACUGGAAAAACAAAAUAUAAUCAGUUUUUAAUUGCUGCUGAUAAUGGUCGGCUCGAAUUAGUGUCUAAUAGUGGGGACAAAGUGCUAGCGAACCAAAAACAACCAAAGAAAAUUUGGUGUCUCACCAGUUUGCCACCAAAGAAAAAAGGCCGCAAUAUCCUAGCGGGAGUGAUUGACCGACUAUUAAGGAACACCGCCGAAUUGAGGAAUUGGUUAGAAAGUAUGGAGAGCAUGGAGAAAGAACAGGCACUAGACGAGGCAGAUUAUAUUUUGAGGACAAAUUUCGAGUUGGUUGCCAAAAUUUACCGGUUUAGUUAUGUAAAAACUCAGCAUGGUUAUCAAGUUUAUUUACUUUUUGAGGAAUUAAGUCCUAAUUGCGAAAUAUAUCACCGUGAUAGUUGA